UUGUAUGAUCAGCCGACCCAGGUAGGGCGUAGUAAGUGUUCUCUUUUCACGUGUAUUGUCUCCUUACACUCUGUUUCACAAUGUCGGUUGUCCCUUGGUACAACUGCGCUGUCAAUUAACGUCAGUGUGAUCUACACAAGCUACUGAAGGCGAGGAGUCUCACCGUUAUAUAGCCCCGUGUCAGUAUUAAACAUGGCGGAUAUGAAUGAGGAUUUAUCCAUAUGCAUUAUCUGCAAUGAGAAGUUAAAGGAUCCGAAACUGUUACCAUGCCUACACAUCUUCUGCGAAUGUUGCCUGAGUCAACACAGACGGUUAGCACGAUCCGCAGCAUGUCCCAUGUGUAACUUUGAUGGCAGCAAACUUCUACCUACUCCUGUGACAGAGCGAGAAUGCAAAUUUCUGAAGAGCUAUUUUGAAAUCUGUAAUCAAGGUGCUGAAACCACCACCAACGACGAUGACAGCGUGGAAAUCUCUGACUCGGACGAUGACAAGAGAGAGGAUCCAAGAGAACAGAAUUCCAAUUCGGAUCAGGAAGUGGAUCUUCCAGAGAGAUCCCAGAGUGUCAUGUCCAGGUUGGACGAGUCCCAAGUGACGUGUCACACCCAUCCGGAACAAACCGCUGCAGACUUCUGUCCUUCGUGUCAGAAGCUCAUAUGUCAGAAAUGUGUGUCAACACUACAUAAGAAAUGCAAGGACGUUAUUUCACUACAAGAAGCUGUAGACAUGAACAUGCUAACAUUCAAUACCAUCCAUGAAUUUCUCACAAAGGUCUAUUUGGACACGGAAGCAAAGUUGAAACCUAGACGCGCGAGACUGGCACGUCUAGAUGAACAGAAACAGCAAGCGAUUGAGUCAGUCCAGACACUGAGGGAACAUCUCGUCAGUGUGAUUCUUGAAAAGGAAAAGGAAACGUUGAAAGAAAUAGAGGAACGUUAUGAAGAGGAAAGCAGUAAAGUCCAGAUGGACAUCUUCAAAGGACAAACGCUGAGGUCCUGUGUUCAAAAGUCAGUUGAUGUGUUUGAAUGUGCAAUGUCAAUGAAUGGUCAUGGCGAGCUGCUUGAGAUUGAGAAAGCAAUGUCAGAGAGGGUAGACCAGUACUUGUUGGAAUGUUCCCAGUUAUGCCAUCAGGUCCAGGAAAACAACAUAUCAUUCAUAGGAAACGACAAAGCAGUGACAAAACUCGAGAGGACGUUAAAUUUGGGAGAGGUUGUUAUAUCAACAGAAGGCGAAGCUACUCCUAAUGGACUAGCGUCUCCUCUGGAUUCUCCGUGGGAAGGGAAGCUGUCGCUCGUUGCAUGCUUUCAUGGUGGUACCCGAGAUGACUAUGCCGAACCUCUUUUGACAGACGUCGUCAUCCUGAGCGGUGGUGAUGUUAUCCUUACAGAUAGAGAUAACAAAUGUCUCAAAAAAUUCAAUGCCAACGGGAAGGUCCUAACUCGCGUGCCCAUCCCCGAUGUUCCUUCCAGAAUUGCCGUGAUCUCUAACAGCAAAAUAGUCGUCACAGUCAUGACCAAGAAGCUACUGCUGUUCUUCUCGAUUUUUGGAACUCUCAGAAUCCUGGCCCAGGUAAAGACAAAGAAGCAGUAUGCCUACAUCACAGGAACGCAGGAUGGUUCUCUCCUUGUUGGAACCAAUAACUGCGACACUAUAGAUCUCAUAUCUCAAACUGGCGCGUUCCUCAAGACCGUCUACACCCAGAAAUCAGAGAAAGCAGUCAUCUCAAGACCCUUGUACCUAACCCAGUCACCUAAAGGAUAUUUUGUGGUAUCAGACAGCGGUAGACGUUUGAUGUUUGCUGUUCACGAAGAUGGAACGAACAAGUUCACCUACAGGCCCAAAGGAGAAGACGCUUUGGAAUGUCCGCUGGGGGUCGCAUGUGAUGUAGCCAAUCAUGCUCUAUUGGUGGACAGGGACGGUAACUCUAUUCACCUAGUAUCUCCGAAAGGUACCCUGGUGAAGAAAAUACUGACGGAGGAGGACUCACUGACUAAACCCUGUGGGGUGUAUAUAUUGGGUAGGAACCUACUCGCUGUGACCCAGGUUGACGGUUACGUGAAGGUUUACAAAGCUGAAGGAAGUUAGGUCAUCAGAAUGGGAUCAUAUAACUCGUGUGCAGUUUAGGGGGUAUUUUGUCGCUUGUGUUCCUAUAAUCAGCAAUGCUACACUUAGUAAGACACGGAAGCUGUGUCUUGGUCAGAGUUGGGGAGCCAUUUAUGUGUUAGGUGCUACAUUUUGCAAUAUUCAAUCCCAAACACCAUACAUACAAAUGACCGUUACAUAUUGUACUCGUGUAGGCAAUUGAGCCCAGAUUUUGACCAUGUGGAGCCGAUGCUUUAACCGUUGGGAAAUGAACGUUCCGGGUCUUAUAUAUACUACAAACAAAAAAUAUGGGAACACCCUAAAAUUUGAUAGUCAUAUAUAAACUAAAACGUGGUGAGGUAAUUUAUACGUAAGGUAAAUGCAACUUUUUGUGUGCUUAAUGGGCACUUUAAACGACAUGUUGGAACAUGCAGUGGAGCAACUGAUUCAAUAUUCGUUGAAUUUGAGUGAAAUAAAACAUUGUCAAACACAGAGAAAAGCAAGGGUGCUGAAACACACCCGCACCAUGUUUGAUUCAAACGCCCAAUUUAGUUUCACUUUGAAACGAUAUAUCCGAAACUAGACACUCGUUUUGAUAAGAGAAACCAGUUUCAGAAACCAAAACCAGUUUCGCAAUAGUCAAACAGGCCCAUAGUGUCCCAGAGGUUCCUUGAGGGAAAACACGUUUGUGACAAAGGAAGGGUACUGGAGAUGCAUUCUGUGUUUGAAUUGUUCCGGGGAGCAAACAUGGCGUUAAACGGAACUGAUCAGAGAAUGCCUUCUUCCAAUUGUCGAUUUGUUUUAAGGGCAUGCUGUGAAGCUGAUCUCACUGUACGCAGACAUGCCAGUAACAAUAUGUCAUAUAGCCCAAAAACUGCUUCAUGAUGACAAAAAUGGUGCCGUAUAAUGUGUGAUCUAUUAUGUAUUUUGGGUUGCCAUGUAAAAGGUAGUUUUGCUAGAAGUGUCGAUGUAACUAUAAAAUGUGCUGAUAUUCCACAAAAGA